AUGAACGAAAAAGCAAGGGACGUGGUAUUAGAAAAAAAAAAUGAAGAAAUAACAACAGCCUUAAAUAAAAAUAUAUUAUUCAAAGAAUAUACUAAUACCAAUGAUUUAAAAGACACUUUUAUAAAUAUAAAAUCGGAUUAUAGUAUAGAAAGUGGAAAGGAAAAAAAUAAUAUUUCUUUAUUUAAUGUUUUAAAAAAAAAAUUAAAGGGAGAAAAAGGUUGUACAAGAUUUUUAAUUAUUUUUAAAAUAUCAAAUGAUGCAAAUGAAAAUAAAAUAAAAAUCAAUGACAUAAUCAAAAAUAUUAUUAAAGAAAAAUAUGAAACAAUUACAGGGGUCUGUCUUUUUGUCAGCAUAUAUUCCAUCAUCUUAUUAGAAUCCCCUGACACAAAAAAUCUAUUUAAUUUAUUACAUGAUAUGGCAAAUAUAAAAUAUAUAUCCGAGCUAAAAAUACUUUAUUUUAGUGAAUUAAAUAAACAAAAGAUAAAUGAAGACUUUUAUUUUUUUGAAUAUAAAAAGGAUGAUCAGAAGGGAAUCCCCACUGAAUGUAAUUUUGUGGAUGAGGUUUGGGACUUGUACAUAAAUAUCCUCAAUCUAUGUUGCUAUAUAAAAGAUAAUGGACAAAAAGAUAUUUUUGAGAAAAAUGAAAAUCUGAAAAAAAACUUCUCUACUCUUCCAAAUUUUUAUACCACCAUUGCAAAUGAGUACAUAUGGAAAAUUGAUGAAUUUUUUUCUUUUUUCACAAGUGACUUCAGCUUACCAAUUAACAGUUUUACCGAUGACUUUUUGGAUUUCUGA